UGUAAAAAGGGGAUGGAGAAGCUGCUGCAUUCCUGACCACACAGCUACAGAACGGGACGGGAGAGAGGGAAAGAAGUUGAUCUACAAUCCAGAUGCCUGUAGGACCAACAGAGGGUCAAACUGAUACACACACGCACACACACACACACACACGCACGCACGCGCACGCACAGAGCGCGCCGCCUCAUCCCCUCUCUCUUUUCAUAGACCUCGGGACCUCGGUGGCUUUACAAGUCAGCAAACAUCCAGAGGACCACGAACAUCAAGUGGAUACUUUUUUAAUGCCUGUUUUUUUUCCCUUGUAAAACUUUCCAGCGUGCAGUGGAAAAGCCAAAGGACUUGUUCUUGGGCGUUAUUUGGUUUCUUUAACCGUUUGUCCUUUUUAUCGUCCUACCCCUUCUGCACGAGUUGCCAGGUGCUUCUUUAAUGGCGUGAGCGGUCCGACUGCCGUCCCGUCAUGGCGCUGCGGUGGUGCGCCAACUUCUUCAGCAGGUUGGCUGCAGCGGGGUUUCCUCUGCUCCUCUCAUCGCUGCUGUGGCAAACGGUCUACCCUGCCCGCGCCGCCCCGUCUUGCCCCCGGACCUGUAGCUGCCCCGGCGUUAAGGAGGUCCACUGUACAUUCAGACACCUGACCACCGUACCCAAAACCUUUCCUAAAGACACAGAGAGGCUCAACCUGGGGUAUAACAGCCUGAUGGAGGUGGAGGGGUCAGAAUUCAGGUCACUACGGCAACUGGAAAUGCUCAUGUUGCAUGGCAACGACAUUAACACAGUCCACCCCGGGGCAUUUUACAGCCUAAGAUCACUACAGAUCUUGAAGCUGAGUUACAACAAGCUAACAUCAGUGAACCCUGGUCUGUUUGAGGGUCUUGUCGGUUUGAUCCGUCUCCAUCUGGACCAUAACCUGAUAGACUUUAUUGAGCCGUACUCCUUCUCUGGCCUGACCUCCCUAAAGCUACUGCAGCUUGAGGGGAACCUCCUCAAAGACAUCCACCCUCACACCUUCAUAACAGUGACACUACUGGGAAGCUUUUGGACCUCUGGACUCAAACACUUACACCUGUCAGACAAUCUGUUGGAGCAGCUCCCCGCCACUGCACUGAAGACUGCUCCGAGGCUGGAGCUCCUCUCGCUUCAUGGUAAUCCCUGGACCUGUGACUGUCAACUUCACUGGUUGGUAGAAUGGAGUUCCCAACAUGAAGGCGUUAUAAAGUGUAAGAAGGAACGUGGCUCCAAUGAGACUUGCCCCCAGUGUGCUUCUCCUCAACCCCUGAAUAGCACCCUCUUGUUAGGGUUAACUCCGGACAGGCUUACCUGUGAACGCCCAGCUCUUCGCUCCCCUCUCAAACAGUGGGACAACCCAGUGUGGGCCGAAUCUGAAACAGAGCCUGACUUCCCGUACACCAGGGACUUUGAAAAAUCUUUGGGCUACCUGUCUUUUGUUCUCUCUGACAGCCAUGGGAAUCAAGCUCAUGUGGCAUGCAAUGUGCGCCACCCUGGAGACAGUUUACCUAUGUCUUGGACUGUAAAUCCAGAUUCACCUGGGGAGUUAUCUGUCAAUGUAUCACUAGUGACUGUGCUUGAGUGUGAGAUUGAUCGGGAGGCAUUGCAAAAUCUAUGGCAGCUGGUCGCAUAUUACUAUGAAAGCCCUGCUAUCUUGGAAAGAGGUCAACAGAGAGGAAAUACAAGCAGAGUAACUUAUCAGUAUUCACAAGCUGUAAAUGAAAAUUCCCCAUAUUUCACAGAAUUAAAAGGACAUCUGGUAGCAGAACCCUCAUGGCUGCUUCAGCCCAGAGUCACUUUGAAGCUCAAUAGACAGCAGACAACGACCAAGAAACUGGUGAUGGAUUUCACCACUUUAAUUUCCAAGCAUGUCAACAGUCGUAGAGGGCAGGAAGAUGACAAUGACUUAACUUCUUCCUGGGCACUGAUUCGGAGAGGGACAGUGGGUCGGGUUCAGACAGCUCUCGAGGGUUCAAAGGUUAAUUUGGAGUGCAGUGUCAUCACUUCAAAUCCAGAGUUGAAAGUUGAAUGGAUGCUUCCAGAUUUGACAAUUGUGGAAGAUGCCAACGAUAAGACAGAAGUUUCUGAAAGAGGAGAACUUGUGAUUUUGAAUUCAACAUUGUCUGACUCGGGCCUCUACCACUGUAUGGUCAGAACCAAAGCUGGUGUGGAUCUGAUGCCUUUGAGGCUCACAAUUAAAGAACUCUCGCUUGGCCCCACUGCUUUCAACGGUCAGAAAAUUGUAGUUGAAAGGGGACAUUCUUUAGCUCUUCCUUGUGACGUGGCCUCAGUUCAGCCAUAUCAAACUAUGUGGUACCUACCCAAAAAUGUAAUUCUACUCCCCACACAACAGACAAGACGAGCGGAAGUGAUGGAAAAUGGGACUUUGGUAGUAAGGAAGCUGACACAAGAAGAUGCAGGGGAGUACAGCUGCUUAACCUCAAAUCUGUAUGGAGUCGACAUGCUAUCACUCAUGGUGGAAGUCAAUGAAAAAAAGGGCUCUAAAAAGUCUAAAGUACAGACAGAAAGAGAGCAGCAGCGCUUACCAACUGCCGUGGAGGAAGCAGAGGGUUCAGGGGGAUAUUACCAGGAAAUUAUACGUCCUUUUGCUACGCAGUUUCCAAAGAGUGUGGGGACACAACAAAGGAACCCUAAUGGGGUUUCCAAAAGGAUAAGAAUUAAAGAUUCAAAAAGAAAACCCAAUAAAUCAGUUAAGGAAUUAGAUCCUAAUCGUUGGGCAGAGAUAUUGGCAAAAGCCAAUGCUAAACCUAGUGUUAGUCUGCCUACAGAGCCGUCACUUGAAGAGCCCAGUACUAUUACAGUCAAAACAAGUCCACUCAAACCUACCACAACCACUCCCACUACUACUACACUAAUUACAUCUACUACUACAAACAACUUACCCCAUACUUCUACCCCUCUGGAUAUUACAGUACAGGCAACCUUAUUUCCAGUGAACACAAAAAUAAAGUCAGAGGCUCAUUCUGAAAAAGACAAAACAGAUGAUAUAGGUAAAGACUCUGAAACACUAGAAAGUCUACCAGCACCUCCCACAACUAUGGAACCAUCCCUGCAUCAUGUUAGUGGAAUUACAGAAAUGCUUAAAUCUAUCACAGACUAUCCUGUUAUUGGAACCUCGCAGCCAGUUGAUCAGUCUGAAAAUAAGCAUUUUGGAGAGGGGAGAAGGAACUACAACUUUGUUCCUGGUCGGUCAAACAGGAGAAGGCCUCCUUAUAGACGUAGAAAGCCCCCAAUGAGAAGAGUCCAUCCGCACUUAAACCCCUUCAAUCAUCCAUUUAACAAGCCCCAGACAACUGUUCUCCCAACAACAUCCACCACACCACCAACAACUACAACAACAACAACUACAACUACUACCACUACUACCACUACUACUACUACUCCUACUCCAACUACUACUACUCCUACUACCACAACAGCACCUUUUACAACCACAGUGGUAAACAAUGAAAACUUAUCUGCUGAGUAUCAGACAGAGGAAGAUGAAGGUGAAUACUAUGAAGAAUAUACUUACAAGGACAGUGAUAGUGUGGAUGCCAAGGACGAUUUAAACAGUGAAACUCUUCAUACCACACUUGAAAAUAGCCUUACCACAUUUCCAACAGAUACAGAAAAAGUUCCUGAUGUAAGUCGCACUUCAGGCAGACAUGAUUUACCUAAUCCAAAGACAAUUGUUACUUCAAAGACAGACAGUACCCCUCAUCCAACUGAAAGGACUGUCCAUGAAAAGGAGACAUUUUCUGUCAACCUAGAGAAAUCUGAGAGUUCGAAGUUUGAGAUAAGAACACAAACUGAACAAAAUGGCAAAGACAGCAAAAAUCCUGCAGGAGGGAGUGAGAAGGAUGGAAUAACAGCAAUGGAACAGCAAGAAAAACACAAAACAGCCAUAGACGGCAGUGACAGAGAGACAGAAAAAUCUAAAAAGGAGUCGGUUACACAGAGCUACAAUACACCGGAUAGCAUCCGCUUAACGACACAAAAUAGACCAAGACCUAACACUCAACCUUCACUCACGCAAAAUACAACACAAGCAAGAACUUCAUCUUCCGAGGUCAUUACUUCACAUUCAACCAGAGGGAGAGCAAGAGAAGAAGUCACACAGGCUGAAGGUAAAGAGGUAAACAAGCCAAGAGUAAAGCCUGAGAUCCACAGUUCCCCAGUCAUGGAGCCUAUUCACCCCUGGCUCCAUCCGAACAACCAGGGACGAGGGCAAACUACCACUUCCAGGACGACGCACACAAAUCAAGAUAGAAAUAUAGGAAGACAGGGCGAGGUAAAUCUGGGCAGACAUCCCCAGCCUCCCAGAGUCGCCCCAACCUCCCACUGGCCUUCACUCUAUCAUCAUCAUCAUUACUACCCGCUCUACCCUUCCUGGCCAGGUCAAAGGCCAUUUCCUCAUCCAAGGCAAGGUCCUGGGUCACACACUGUGCCCACCCAGCGACCCUGGUCUCUCCCCCACCCCUGGGCUAAAAACCAAAUUGUCACCAACAGACCAGAAAUCACAGCUGGAACAGUCAGACCCAAAACUACAACCCUUGCCACAAUAGGAAAGCCCCAGUUUAAUCGGCAUCAAAAUCAUCACGUGGAUGGCAGGACCAAAACCAUAGAUCAACUGCUUUUAUUGAGGCUGAGGAACAGAUACAGACAGGCACAGCUUGAUCGCAUUGCUCAACUAGGAAGGAUGGUGACAUCCAAACCUCGCACCAGCUACUAUAAUCCCCCAUCACCAGUUGCACCUAAACCCAACCCUCCAUCUCUGCACAGACCCUACACCCCCAAGCCACCAGCAGCCACUGAUUCUUACUCUCACAAGCUGCAACGUCCAAACCCUGCUAAACCGUCAUCAUCAUCUUUCUCUGGUUUCAUCCCAACCCCUCGUCCUUACCACCCCACCACCCCUGGGGUUCUGCAUGGAAGUGGGUGGCCUGUUGGAGGACGAAUCAGCUCUCGUCGACCAACAGCUGCCCCACCUUUUCCAUGGAUGUUGGAGGCUGGAAGUAGUGGGAUGAAGCCACGCAUCACCACAGUAGCUUCAGCUAGUGUAUCUGUACUUGCAGAGAGUGAUGUCUUCCUGCCCUGCAAAGCAAAGGGGCAUCCUGACCCUACCAUAGCAUGGACCAAAGUCUCCACAGGUGCCACAAUCCCAGCCAACACCAAGCACGGUCCCCGUUUUGAAGUUUUCAAGAAUGGAACUUUUGUGAUUAAAAACAUCCAGCUUCAGGAUCGAGGCCAGUACCUCUGCACAGCCCAGAACCGGUUCGGAUCAGAUCGCAUGGUCACUACCUUAGCUGUCCAGACUGAGGCACCCAAGAUCCAACCACCAAAGUCCACAGAGAUUGCAGUCUACUUGGGGAAAGGUAUGACUCUUGACUGCCUUGCCUCUGGAAAACCACCUGCCCAAGUUUCCUGGAUUCUGCCGGACAGGACAUUUGUCCGUGAAGUUGGCAGUGUUCAAACUCUUCUCUCUCCAAUGUCUCUGCUUCAAAAUGGAACCCUUCAAAUAAUUUCUGCCAAUUUCUCCAACAAAGGGGACUACAAAUGUAUAGCAAGUAAUGCAGCAGGUGCUGAUACAAUCACGUAUCAUCUCCACGUGGCAGCUCUGCCUCCAAGCAUUGGAGAAGGUGCAAUGGAUACUGUUAUCAUUCAGCCAGGCAGGAGUGUGUACAUCCACUGCUCUGUGAAAGGCGAACCGAUGCCUGCUCUGAAAUGGAUGCUCCCAGCAGGCGUCCAUGUGAAGCCAUCACAGUUUCUGGGACGCAGGCUCUUUGUUUUCCCUAAUGGGACACUGCUUGUGAAGAAUGUUUUACCGUCUGAUGGUGGAAGGCACGAUUGUGUCGCCACUAACACUGUCGGAGUCGCCAGAAGGACUGUCCAGUUGGAAGUGAGGGAAGAUACUCCUUCCUUCUUCCACCAGCCACCUCCUCCUCCUCCUCUUCCCAUUCCCCCAACACACCGCCAUGCUGUGCCAUCCCGCCAACACUCUGUCUCUGCUAUGUAUGGUUCUGCGGUCUACCUCCACUGUCCAGAGUCCACCGGAUCCACAAGAGGGACGAUCUGGCAACUGCCCUCAAAGUCCAUUCUGGAGCAUCGAUACAGUCCGGAGAGACCAGUUAAAGUCUUUCGUAAUGGGACUCUGAGGAUUCUUCAGCUAACAGAGCUAGACGGUGGAAAUUAUCUGUGUGUCUUUCAGCGGCCAAAUGGGGAGGACAUGGAGCUCUUCCGGAUGGAGGUGUUAAUGACUGCUCCCAGAAUCGAACAAGUGAGAACUGUGCAGACCAGGGUCACCUUUGGAGAAAACUUCCAGGUGGACUGUGUUGCAACAGGCCUCCCUGAUCCAGAGGUUUCCUGGGGUCUUCCAGAUGGAACUUUAAUCAACAAUGCCCUUCAGUCAGAUGACAGUGGCGUUCGCAACCGCCGCUACGUUAUCUUUGGCAAUGGAACUUUAGUUCUCCAGCAGAUGGGCAAAAAAGACGAGGGUGACUACACUUGUUAUGCCAAGAACAAACUGGGAAAAGAUGAAAGAAAGGUCAACGUCAAAGUGGGACCAAAUGCUCCAAAGAUUAGUUUGAAAUCACAGUCUUUGGUGACGGCUAAAUUGGGAGAAUCUGUUAAAUUGAGUUGCCAGGCAACAGGUGAACCUAUACCGAGGAUCAUGUGGAUCUCACCACGUAAUGAUGUGAUACCUGUGUCAUCGGACAAAUUCCACAUCAUGGACAAUGGGACGUUAGUGUUGAAAAGGGUGAGACUUGCUGAUGAAGGCAAAUAUGCAUGCGUGGCACGGAAUUCUGCUGGUGAUGAUGUUAAAAACAUGAACCUUGAAGUUGAGCCCCAAGAACCUUUUAUCAAUGGCAUAAAGGGAAAGAGUGCCUCAAAGGUUUUGGGUGUUUCCUACCAAACAGUGCUUCUGGAUUGCAGAGUGGAAGGGAAACCUGAACCAGGAGUCUGGUGGGUUACCCCUUAUGGCCACUCACUCACAACACCCUACCUUGGUGGUCGCUUCCAAGUACACCGAAACGGGAGCUUGGAGCUGAGAGGGGUUAGGAAAACAGAUGAAGGGAGGUACACGUGUUUAGCUAAAAACCAUCUUGGCGAAGCCUCACUUUUGGUAGAACUGGAUGUGGCAUCCCUAGCUGAGAAACCUAGCUUUGCUGUUCCCAAUAUUGAAAUCAUACCAAUCAAACAAGACGGUGGGCAACUGUUCCUGGAGUGUCCUGCUCGCGGCAAGCCAACCCCGGAAUUUGCAUGGGUGCUACCCAACGGAACGUUGUUGAUGCCUGGUGUUAGACUUCAACGCUUCACCCAUUAUUUGGGUAAUGGAACUCUACGGAUCUCUCAAGCGGUUGCAACUGAUAAGGGAGUGUACCGGUGCCUUGCAAAAAAUGUGGCAGGACAAGCAGAAAAACAUUAUGCACUGGAAGCAGGCAGGAAGCCAGUGAUCAGGGGAUCUACAGGUGGGAUAAAGAUCACGUAUGGCCUUAAUCUCAAUUUGCCUUGUACUGUUGAUGGCUGGCCUCAGGCAUCAAUCACAUGGACUCUACCCAACGGCCUUGUUUUGGACAAACCUCAAACCGUUGGCCGGGUGUCUUUUUUUGCCAACGGGACCAUCCAGGUCAGGCAGGUCGCCACCUUUGACAAAGGAACAUACAUCUGUAAAGCCUUCAACUCUUUUGGCUCAUCAACACUAUCCUACCCAGUUGCGGUGAUGGUUUUCCCACCACGUAUCACCAAUAUGCUGACCUCAAUUACGAGAGUAAACCGGGGUGCACCAGUGACAUUAAACUGUGUUGCGACUGGUAUUCCCACGCCCAGUGUUUCAUGGACGUUGCCUGGACGCACAACGCUGGUUCCACAUAACCGGUUCACAGUGCAGGGAGGGAUCCAUAUGACAGAAGAUGGCAGUCUGGUCAUACAGAAUCCUGUGCUGAUGAACUCUGGCAUUUACAAAUGCAACGCGAAAAACGCACUCGGAACAGACUUCAAAUCUACAUACCUACAAGUAGUCUGAGUGAGCAUUACAGCUGGGAUGAUCUCAUAGCAGAAUUACAAGUGAAUGAGGAUUCUUCCUGCAAGAUUUUGAUAUACUGUACAGGAUGAAGAUCCUAUGGAGACAGACUCAAAGCUCCCGUACUGCAGGUGGUUUGAGUUGCAAAGCAGUUUCCACUGAACAAAGAAGCUACAAACUUUGACUUCCCAGUGAACACUGACCUUUUUAUAACUGAGAUUUUAAGUUUUUAAAUGAUGUAGAAGUCUUCAUUCAUCAACAAACAAUAAUGGAGGUGGUGAGUCAUAAUUCCCACUUGUGGCUAUUCAACUCAAGUGCCAUAUUUUAUGAACUUUUACCGAGCAGUGGCGCUUAUCUAUGAGGAGACAAACCCCCUAUUAAUGCAUUAUACUGGACAGUAUGUAUCAAUGUCAUUUGUUCAUGUUCAUAGUUGUGGGAAGGAGUAUCUCAAAUGACCUAUGUUCUAACAGCUGUUAGCAGGUAAGAGACACGAAUACAAAACAAAAAUGCACAUAAAAACAUAUGUAAGUAUAUAAUUUAUGAGUAACAAAUACAACGUAUUGUUUUUUAUUAUCUGUCAAUUGCCUUGUGUUUGCUGUGCUAACACAAAAAAAGCAUGGAGUAUUAAUCUUCUUUGUAGUUUAUGAUGACAUUUCCUAUGAAAUUCAUUCCAUCAGACUUGCUGUGAUCUGAUUCGCUCGCAGCUCAUUUCUGAAAGUUCAUCAACUUGAACCCAAAUUCACACUGGUGACAACAGCAAGCCGUCCUGACAGUGCUGACCUUUGAGGUAUUGGAGAGCUGAGGAGACCAGAAUAGCGGGAGCUAUAUAACUUAUUAGCUUCAUUCCUCUAUUCAUUUCUAUUCAACCUCCUCUCUCAGACUUUUUACUGCUCCGCAACAGAGCCAUGGUUUACAUGCAGUAAUGAGACGAGAGACAAAAACAUCGUUUAAAUUAAUCGUAUGAACUUUCCGUUAGCGACUGAGCUGGUCUGAGAUUUAAACAAAUCUUUACGGCGCCAGGCUUGUUAAACCAAAUGUUUCAUGGAGAAUUAAUUUUGUAGUAUGAUCAGACCUUGUGUAAUAAAAGGGAAUUUGUGCCAGAUGUCUCAAGUAAA